AUGGUACGCACCAAAAACCAAUCGUCCUCGUCCAGCGCUAGCAGCAGCACCAAAUCGCCGGUCAAGAUCAGCGGAGGCGGCGGCAGCAGCAGCACCAAUCGCAGUCGCAACUGCAGUGAAGCCUUAAUCGAUGACGGCAAGUCCAGUUCGAAGCUGUCGUCGAAUCGUCAACGUACCACAACAACGAUAACAACAACAACAACAACACCGGGCAGUUCACCAGACGACGACACCACCGAUGCGGAUUUGACGCCAACCAGUGGAAACGUGCCGCGAGGCGGAACAUCGGUGCACAAGCAAAAUCUCUACGUUGUUUCAUUUCCCAUUAUAUUUCUGUUCAACGUAUUGCGCUCUCUGAUUUAUCAGCUGUUCUGCAUUUUUCGAUAUUUGUACGGCGCCAGCACAAAGGUGAUCUAUCGCAGUCCCCAUCGACGCGACUGCAACAUUGAGAUUGUUGUCCAGAACUCAAAGGAGCAGCAGGCAAUCAUUUGUCCAUUGGAGGGCAGCGGUGUCAACAUCGAACAGGCACAGAUUCUGCCCCAGCGACAACGCGCACUCCAGACCCUUGAAAUGGCAGCCAGUCGUGGUGGUGCUGGUCCUGGUGGCUAUUCACCUGGUCCCGGUGAUCCGUUGCUGGCCAAGCAAAAACAUCAUCAUCGACGCGCAUUCGAGUACAUUUCCAAGGCGCUCAAAAUUGACGAGGAGAACGAAGGCCACAAAGAGCUGGCCAUUGAGCUGUAUCGCAAGGGCAUCAAGGAGCUGGAGGAUGGCAUUGCCGUUGACUGCUGGAGCGGACGCGGCGAUGUCUGGGAUCGGGCCCAGCGCUUGCAUGAGAAAAUGCAAACCAAUCUCUCCAUGGCCCGCGAUCGUCUGCACUUUCUCGCUUUGCGUGAAGAAGAUUUGCAAAUGCAACGUUUGUCCCUGAAGGAGCAGCCCAAGAAGCAGCUGCCGCACAAAUUUAAGCAACCCAUGCUGGUGGGUCAAACCACCAGCAGCAGCAGCAGCAGCAGCAGUAGCAGCAGAGCAAGCGCUGAUCCACCGAAAAUAACACUGCGCAGCAGCGGCUACGGACCCAAAACGGGCGGCGCAACCACAUCCAAAGCCGUGCCAGCGGCUUCUGGGCGUAAACUGACCAUUGGCAACAAGCGACCCGGCAAUCUGGCCGUGGCCAAUAAGUCACAAACGCUGCCACGUAAUCUCGGCUCGAAGACAACCUCGACCUCGGUGGGCGCCGCUUUGCAGCGUCAGCCAGGCAAAACGGCAGCUACUCCGCCGGCCGUGCGACGCCAAUUUUCAUCCGGCCGCAAUACGCCGCCGCAGCGCUCACGCACGCCCAUUAACAACAAUGCGGCCAGCGGCAGUGGCAGCGGGGCCAGCACGCCAAUGAUCAGCGUCAAGGGCGUGGAGCAGAAACUGGUGCAGCUGAUACUCGACGAGAUUGUUGAGGGUGGCGCCAAGGUGGAGUGGUCCGACAUUGCCGGCCAGGAUGUGGCCAAGCAAGCGCUACAAGAGAUGGUCAUAUUGCCAUCCGUGCGUCCCGAGCUUUUUACAGGCCUGCGCGCACCGGCCAAGGGUCUGCUGCUGUUCGGACCGCCCGGCAAUGGCAAAACUUUGUUGGCGCGCGCCGUGGCCACCGAGUGCAGCGCCACAUUCCUAAACAUCUCGGCCGCCUCGCUGACCAGCAAGUAUGUGGGCGAUGGUGAGAAACUGGUGCGCGCACUUUUUGCGGUGGCCCGUCACAUGCAGCCAUCGAUAAUAUUUAUUGAUGAGGUCGACUCGCUGCUCUCGGAGCGCAGCAGCAACGAGCAUGAGGCGUCGCGUCGCCUUAAAACCGAAUUCCUGGUCGAAUUCGAUGGGCUACCUGGUAAUCCGGAGGGAGAUCGCAUUGUGGUGUUGGCAGCUACCAAUCGACCGCAAGAGCUGGACGAAGCUGCGCUGCGUCGGUUCACCAAGCGCGUCUAUGUCUCACUGCCCGGCGUACAAACACGCGAGCUGCUUUUAAGUCGUCUGCUGCAGAAGCAGGGAAGUCCCCUGGACACGGAAGCCUUGGCCCGUUUGGCAAAGAUAACCGACGGCUAUUCGGGCUCGGAUUUAACAGCGCUGGCCAAGGAUGCAGCACUGGAGCCCAUACGUGAACUAAAUGUGGAGCAGGUCAAGUGUCUGGAUAUAAGCGCUAUGCGCCCAAUCACCGAAAAGGAUUUCCACAACUCGUUAAAGCGCAUACGUCGUUCGGUCGCGCCGCAAAGUCUCAACUCAUACGAGAAAUGGUCGCAGGACUAUGGCGACAUAACCAUUUAGUUUGGUCGCAUUUUGUAUUUAAUCUCAAAUAGGUUUUGGUUUCUUUUUGGUGACCACCCACCCAGCCACAACAAAUGCAGCUAGCUGGCAUAUAAAAGCCCAGCGGGCAGUCCACAAUGCCAGAAACAAGGCCACAACGCCCACUUGUCCACGUCGGGCCACACAGCUUGAAAGGCCGGCGCAACCAAUCGUAUGUGAUGUGAGUGACGGAAUUUACAUUUUGUUGUUGUUCUUGCUGUUGUGUUGCACAUGCAGCAUGCAUCAUGCAAUCAAGCGCAUUAGUUUUCAUCUAUGACUUGUAUUUUUAACAUUUAUAGAACGUUCAUUAAGCAAUUAGCUUUUAUCUUCAUGGUAGUCUUUAAUUGUGUUCACAAGUUUUGUUGAUUUAAUAUGUAUGAUUAUGAAAUUGCAAUUCAUUUGCUUUAUUCUAGCGUACAAGUUCCCUAUGUUUAAGAAUAUCUUCAUUGUAAGUUGUUUUAUGUUUAAACGGUGCCGUGAUCAUAAUCCAUACGAAACAUAAAUAAUAAGCGAAACAUACUAAUGCAAACCUAACUCAUUUCUAUUAUUAUCUGUAUUUAACUUAUCCAAGGAAGCUGUUCAAUGCGUUUCACUUAACUGCUUAAGUAAACAUUUGUAAAAUGUAUAUUUAGUAUAUUCAUUUUAUUUUCAAUUGUUUCUCAACGAAUUCUGUAGCUACCUUUGAGCAUUCCAUGCGUAGUUAAGCAUUGUCUAUUCUUUAAAAAUCUUAAUAAUAAGUUGUUUACUGUCUACUUCCAGUUAAAUACAUAUAUUAGCCCUCAAGCAGUUUCUGUUGUACAGUUAAUGCCAUAGACACUACCAUAAUAAUAAUAAUGAUAAUAAAUUGUUUUUAGUAUCCACCAAAACCUCCACUCCAAUACAAUUACACGUAAUCAUAGACAUAAGCAUAGCCGUAAGUUAAACGCGCCACGUUUCAUUGAUCUAAGUUGGCUCUAAACAUUAACUAGACUUUAGUUCCUUUAUGAAUAUGUACAAUAGCUGCAGCAUCAACAAGCCCAACCAAUAAUAGCUGUGCUUAUAUGCAUAUAAAUACAUGAUUAUAUUAUUUAUAGUACCGUUACCAAAUUAUUGUACCUAGAAUUAUAAACAUUUGCUUACGACGCUAAUUAAUAGCUUUAUGCAGCGCCGCCACAAACCCGAAAACAAAACAUAAGCUAAUGCGGAAAAUAAAAACCAUUUCAACAGAUAUUGUUUAUUGUAUAUUUAAAACUAUAU